AAUAAUGAGGUGGAGAGGGAUCAGCUCUAAAAUGUCUGUUUAUAAGUAUUCUUUUGCUGUUUGGAUCUAUAAAAUUUUACAAGGAGUGCAAGAGGUUUUGGCAGGGUAGCAUGGGGUUGCACUAUCUGGGGGGUUUGCACAUAUUGUUAUGUGGCCCAGACUGAUGAGAACUAAAAUCCUGUAACAUUACUACACUGGAUCUGAUAUUUACACUACAGAGAUUAAGAGCACACUUUGAGGUCCAGAUGGAACUCUGUCCCCUGGUCUCUUCCUGCUGCUGUCCCUCUCUCUGAUUGUGUUUUAUGCUAAUCCAUUUCCCACCCAUUACUUUCUUCUUUGUCCGUGUGGCUUUGUCCUGCUCUGUCUCUCCUGCCCGCUCUCUUCUCCUUUUCUGUUUCUCUAUAUCCUGUCUUCUGUUUGCUGAUAGCAAUUUAUCACCAUUUAGAUGUUUGUCUGACUUGCAGUGAGUUUGUUUUGUUUAUUUGACUUGUGCUGACUUUAUGCUGAGACUGGACUGCACUGGAUCAUUUUGUUUAGCUAAAGCUCAAAGUUUCAGUUGAUGUUUCUCACUGUAACAGGUGAUGAACAUGUUUCCUUCAUUAGAAAACAGAUGUUUCAUCCUGCAGCCACCAGGUAAAGGUAAACUAAUAGGCCUCUAACGUAAAGCCUGAAAGUCUGAGUCCAUAGCACUAACUGGAGUCGGCUCAGCUCUAGUUCAGACUGGUUCACUUCUGGAAGCUUCUUAUCUCCUGGACAGUUUCUAUUCCGGUUUUCUUCCAUCUUUGGUCGGCUGCUCUCUCUCUCUGCCAUUCUCUCCAGCCUCACUCGCCCCACCUCUGGCCGUUAUAAAGAGCCUACUCACCCAUCUCCGUCCGUUCUCUAACCUGCAGUAUUAUGGCUCCGAAGAAGGUGGAACCCAAGAAGACGGAGGUGAAGAAGGUGGAGGCGAAGAAGGAGGAGACCCCACCUCCUCCCAAACCCGUAGACCCGGAGCCCAAACCUCCGGAGGUGGACCUGAAAAGUAUCGUGGUGGAGUUUAGUCCGGACCAGAUUGAAGAGUUCAGAGAAGCCUUCACCCUGUUUGACGAGACGGCCACGGGUGAGAUGAAGAUCACCUAUGCCCAAUGCGGAGAUGUGAUGCGAGCGCUCGGACACAACCCCACCAAUGAGGAGGUGCUGAAGCUGCUGGGGAGGCCGAAGGCGGAGGAGCUGAACGUCAAGCUGCUGGACUUCGACAGCUUCCUGCCCAUGCUGCAGCAUGUGGCGCGAUCCAAAGAGCAGGGCAACUUCGAGGACUUCGUGGAGGGUCUGAGGGUCUUCGACAAGGAGGGAAACGGCACAGUGAUGGGGGCCGAGCUCCGCCACGUCCUGGCCACGCUGGGAGAGAAGAUGACGGAGAACGAGGUGGACCGACUGAUGGUGGGACAGGAGGACGCCAACGGACACAUCAACUACACCGAGUUCGUCAAACACAUCCUGGCUGGGUAGAACCCGGACUCCUGCUGGUGGUUUCUCUGCUGGUGGCUCCGAGUCUGUGUCUGAUGUCUCUGUCUAAUAAAGCACAUCCAGGUCUCCUCGGUGUGACACCCGGUUUCAUUUGACGUGCCUUUUACAUGUUGUUUCACAACUUUGACAAAAUAAUGUUUGAUUCAGCCUGAACAUAGCGGUGUUUGACAGACACACACACAGAGACAUUAAAAAUAAAACCGUUACAAAUAA